AUGGGCUCUCACGCCGCUAAACCCAAGGUUCUUCUUCUUGGAAAUAUUGGCUACGCGCAUGAGGCUUGGAAUACGCUAGGUGAAAUUGCCGAAGUUGUGAUACCAACCGCAACCAAUCGCGAAGAAUUUCUUCAAGAAUGCCGGGAUGGAAAGCUUGACGGGGUUGUGGCAGCCUAUCGGACAUUCUCCUCUAUUAGCAUCACCGGGCUAGUGGACGAGGAGUUGGUGAACACGCUGCCGAAGUCAUUGGAAUAUAUUGCUCACUGCGGAGCUGGCUAUGACCAGGUGGAUGUCCACGCAUGCAGUGCCCGUCACCCUCCGCUCCGGGUCUCAAACGUGCCCACGGUUGUGGACAACGCUACUGCAGAUGUGAACAUGUUCCUAAUCCUCGGUGCGCUCCGAAACUUCAACACUGGCAUGCACACUCUUCGUCAAGGCAACUGGCUCGGCCAGGAACGCCCAGCGCUCGGCCACGACCCUCAGGGCAAGACUUUGGGAAUCCUUGGAAUGGGAGGUAUCGGGCGGAACCUAAAGAAGAAGGCCGAGGCUUUUGGAAUGAAGGUUAUCUACCAUAACCGUCGCCAACUCGAUGAAGAGCUAUCCGGAGGAGCUCAGUACGUGACCUUCGACGAGCUUUUGUCGACCAGCGAUGUGCUCAGCCUGAACCUGCCAUUGAACAAAAAGACCCGUCAUAUUAUCAGCAAGGCGGAGUUUGCGAAGAUGAAGGAUGGAGUGGUUGUGGUCAACACCGCGCGGGGUGCCGUCAUGGACGAAGCAGCCCUGGUGGACGCUUUGGACAGCGGCAAGGUAUUCUCCGCUGGUCUUGAUGUCUUUGAGGAAGAGCCUAAGGUCCAUCCUGGACUGUUGCGCAACCAGAAUGUUAUUCUUGUGCCACACAUGGGCACGUGGACCGUCGAGACUAUUACUGCGAUGGAAGCGUGGGCUAUUGAGAACAUCAGCCUGGCUCUCACCACUGGCAAGUUGAAGAGUCCUGUUGCGGAGCAGGUUGAUCUGUAA